AUGCAGAGAGAGAAAUAUAAGAUGGAAGAAGCAGUCUUUGGAGUUGAUGAAAAUAUUGAACAGUUCCCAAAUGCAGAAAUCUCUUCAAAGAAGAUCAAACUGAAUAUGAUUAUAGAUAUGGGCUUAGAGUUCUCGACCUUGGAGGUCUCUGGAUCUCCAUCAAAGCUUGAUCAUACUCACUAUGUUGGGGAUCAGAACAAAACAGCAAAGAUGCUUAAAAUAAAAAUUAUCUAUAUAUCAAAUACCCAGGCGACUUCGAAAAAUUUAGGAGGAUAA